GAAAGAGAAGCAUGCAGUGGUGAGGUGUGUGAAAGGCUGAAUUACUGGAACAAGCUGUAACGCAAUUACUAUGGGUCUAUUGAGUUUAUGAGAACUAAAGAAAAGCUGCGUGCAAGCUUGAAGGUUACUUCUGGAGCUCCUCAAGAACAGUGCUAGAGAGCGAAAGCAUAAGGAAAACAGAAGAAGGGGAGGAAGAUAAGUGUCAAUCUGUUCAAACUUGUUUGGGAAUUUGAGAAGGGCGGGAGGAGGGGACAAGAGAGAGAGAAACAGAGAGAUAUAGAAACAGAGAGAGAGCAAGAGAGAGAGAGGGGAACACUGCGAGAAUCUUUUUACUUUGAUGAAAACUAUUUUUGCUUAUCUGAACACAUUAAGUAGAGCAGAGGCAGGCUGGAUAAUUAAAUCAGUGUUUUUAGAGCAUUUAUCUCGCUCAACUUUGGAUCUCUCAAUGGGCAAACACUGAUAUGUUAAAUGACUGUGAGUUGUGCAAUUCCUGCUAGCUUAACUUUGUCAAGAAAGCAAAGGAAAAGUUGGAGAGAGACAGAGAAGCGUCACCAAAGACACUUCUCAGGUUCUCUAUGUUGCAAUGGAAACCAGUCAAAUUACUUGUACCGUCCAAAACACUGUGCAGAUACAAUCCUCUUAAGGUGCACUAGACAGGUUAUCGACCGAGUGCAAACUGUGAUCUGAGUCUUUUAGCUAAUUGGCAAAGGUGACCUGGGUGAAGAAGAGACUUGGAAACACCAAAAAAUGGAAAAAACAAGAGAAAAAGAAAUGGUGCCAGACACGUGCGAUGGGAUUAAGGACAGGGAGAGAUUUCCUGCAACCAGAAGAAGAGAUGAAAAGAUUGACUGGAGAGAAAGAGAGAGGCGGAGAAAUGGAGAUCGAUGUGCAAAUGGAAGCUCAACAAUGUCAGAGCAGGCUGAGUAUGGAGAUCGAAACAAUGAGAGGAGAAAAGGGGACACUUUUCCAAGGAUGACAAAACCAAACAGAUUGAGAGACAGAAACAUACCACUUACAGACUAUGAAAGAGAGCGUCAAAUGGGAAGACCGAAGGACAUACUGUAUGAAAAUGAAAGAGAAAAGGAAAGGAGGAGAUACAGAGACAUGGACAUGCAGUGUGAAAGAGAAAUUGCAAGAUACAGGGAGGAGUUGAGGAGAAUUGAAAUGAGAAAGCCUGUAAUGGUGGAGCCAGAUAGACAGAGGGAACGAGACAGGGAGUUUGACCCUAGAAUGAGAGAUAGAAGGAGAGAAAGUUAUCCAGGGGUCAGUGACCUUUCAGGCAUGAGGGACAAAGAGACAGACAGAGAAACACAUCGGCAAAGAGACAGAGAGGACAGAUAUUAUCCUCGGCUCAUGGAAGGACAGACAGAAAGCUUUUCAGAUAGGGAAAGGAGGACUGAUAGACAGAGAGAGGGAGAGAGAUCUAGGAAAAGAGAUAUAAAAAUUGAAGGAGAAAGUGAAAGAGUCAGGGGUAAGGAAAGGAAGAGGGAAGAAGACUCUACACAAAGACAAAAACUCUACAAGAGUGAAGGAGCCAAUGAUGCAGAGCGAAGGGCAGACAGAGUUAGAGAGAGAGACAGACGUAGAGAGAGAGAAGCCGAAAGAUGGCGAGACAAGGCAGUAAUAGGAAGUGAUUACAAAGAGACAGGUUAUCAUGGUCCAAAAGGAGAAAAUUCUGAACGGCUCAAAGAGACAGAUAAACCAAGAGAUAGAACAAGAGACUCAAGAGACGCUAACUUAUACACAGCUGAAAGAGGAAGGUAUAGAGAUGGAGAAAGGACAAGAGAUGGGGAUAGGUACUCUGAAAGAGAGAUUGAAGAGAGGGAGAGGCGGAGGAAAGAGUACAAAGAGAAAGGGAGACGUAAAAUGGAGAUUAUUGGAGAGCUGAUUUCAGAAAGUGAUUUUGAAAAUGAAAAAAAUAGGAUGAUGAGAGAGAACCUUGAGGACAGAGACAGAGAAAACACAUCUGAGACUGAUAAAGAGAGACUGAAAGAAAGAACAGAGGAAGUGCAGGAAGACAGGAGUACACAGAGGAAUGAAGAGAAGAGUGAAAGCUUUGCUACUGAGGAAGCAGUUACAAAGAAACCGAAGAACAGGAUAAGGAAAAUGUGGCUGGAACCUCGGAGUGAGAGAAAAGAACCUUGUUUAAAAGAAUACACAGAGAGAGAGAAAGCAAAAGAAAGAUACAUCCAAAGAUACAAAGAAAUCAUGACAACAGGAAAUGAAAAAGAGCCUGAGAGAAGGAAACCAACCAAGAAAAAAUGUCUUGAGGACAAGUAUAGAGAACUUGAAAUGGCUGGAGAGUUCAUGAGGGAUGUGGACGCAGAAAGCGAGGAGAAGAGGAUGGAAGGAGACAUGGCUUAUGAUAAAGAAGCCGUGGAAUCAGAGUGGCAGAUGGAAAGAGAGAAAGUGGCCGAUAACUUGGAAGAAAAGGAAAGAGAUGAACAGAGAAGCAAUAAUAGACAUGACUAUUUAGAGAAUGAGGAAGGAAGUGAGGUAGAAUCGCAAGCUGAGAAGAACAGAGUGUUGUCAGCAGAUGAUGGAUUUGUAACUGUCUCCAGUGGAGGGGAUGAUGCAGAGGAAGAGGAUUUUGAAGACUGCAAAGAAUUCUGGGAAGGUGGAGUUCCCAAAGCUGUCUCUGAACAAUCAGGAACUACAGAGGACACAGAAAAUGGGGCAAAUGAAGCUCCGAAAGGACCACUAAGUGUCUUUUGUGUGAUUGAUCAGACCCAUCCCACGUCACAAACCAAUGAAAAUUCAUAUGUACAUCCUACUGUUGAAGAGGCAGCCAAUCAGCAUUCAUGUCAUAACAUGGGAACCCAAGGUGAAAUGAGCAUAAAUGAAACAUUUGAAAAGGUUGAACACUGUGAACAGGACAUUGAAAGAGCAAUGGACAACCUCAGUCUUUGUCCCAAUGAGGACAAAGGGGAGGGAGCAAGAAGUACUGACCAGACAACAAAGGGUGUAACAUCACUGAAAGUCCAAAUUAUUCCUCCCAGUGAGCAAUCAGAACAAGACACCCAACUCUUCCUACAAGACCCUUCUGAAACUUCAGGGCCAUCCAAGGAUAAUGGUCAUGGGGGAACAGAGACUCAUAUUGAAGAUAAAAUACAAAGAGGAGCAAAAGAAACCACUGGAGACUCAAUGGAACAUUCUGGUUCUGAUGACACAUGGAGCACUCACUUUAGAUGGGCCAAGAACACGAUGAAAGAGAUCCUGGGUCUAAAGUCGGUGGACACAGAAAAUGCAAGAGGUAGUGUGACACACAUAGACACGCAAACCAACACACAAACAGACAGUGAGAGAGAAAUGGAAAAAUCAAGGAAAGCGAAAGAAAUAAUAGAGGGAGGAGAAGAACAACAGGGAGGGAUGGAGAGAGAGUUGAAUGAGAACCGUGAUUGGCUCGAUCCUAGUUCUAACCACCACAUGGUUUCCUCAGAAGGAGAGGCAGAGGGGAAGGUAGAAGAAGUAUCUAAGAAGAAUGAGAGUAAAGAGGAAGUUGUUGUAAGCUCUAGUAGUUUUCGAAAUUUGGGAAAUGAGGCUCACGCGAGGAGGCGAGGGUUCCGGAAGUCAGCGGAGAAAACCAAAAAAGUGGAAGAGGAUGAGGAAGAGGGAGUUGGAAGGGACCGCAGGACGAGAAUAUUCAACAAAUCAGAUGACGAAGAGGACAAAUUAAGUCUUACCUGUGGUGAAAUGGAUCUAAGGAAACUUAGGAGGACAAGAAAGAGGAAUUCGAAAUUCUUUAACUCUCAGUUGUAUCAGGAGUACAGUGAGGUGAUGCAGAACAGAGAGAUUCAGUUGUCUCAUUCUGAUUCUCUGUCAAUAAGCACAUCUUCCUCUCCGAAUCAUUCCCCUAAGUUAUCACACAGAACUCUCCCAUCUAUCCCUCAAAUCAUAUUGCCUCAAAAUCUGUCCCAAACCAGCCAAAGUUUAAAUGUGCCUCAGCAAUCCAUAAACAGACCCCCGUCCCCUCGCCUGUCCAUCUCUGCUUUCUCACCCACACUGUGGCAGGAUCUCCCCGGAGUGAGGACCAGCCCAGAGUUGGAGGAACUUACUAGUGAUGAGAGACGCCUGCAGGAGGUGAGGUUUGAGGUGGUGACCUCUGAAGCGUCAUACCGUCACAGUUUGGACAUCAUAGUAGAGAACUUUGUCAUGUCCAAACAGCUCAAAGGUAUCCUGUCUUCGCAAGACAAAAACUGGCUGUUUUCCAGGCUAAAUGAUGUUAGAGACAUCAGUCACAGCUUUCUGUCCCAGCUGGAAGAAGCAGUGGAGAAGGACUUUAUGCGCUUUACUGUCUGUGACAUCAUCAUCCAACACUGUCCAGAAUUCAGAAAUGUUUAUGUGCCAUACCUUUCCAACCAAUCUUACCAGGACAAGACAUAUCAAAGAUUGAUGGACGAGAGUCAUGAAUUCCGUAGAGUUGUGGAAAAGUUGGAACGUAACCCGGUUUGUCAGCGACUGCCUCUGCGGUCUUUCCUCAUUCUACCAUUUCAAAGAAUCACACGCCUCAAAUUGCUUGUGCAGAAUAUUGUAAAGAGAACUGCUUCAAAAACCAAGGAUGAAGCACAGGCCAUUAAGGCCAUGAAACUACUCGAAAAGAUGAUCCAGGAGAGUAAUGAAAGUAUCUCUCAAAUGAAGAACAUCGAGUCACUUGUGACCCUCAAUGCCAAAGUUGACUUUGAGUGCAAGACUCUUCCAUUGAUCAGUCAGUCCCGCAGACUGGUACGAGAGGGACCUGUGACUGAACUGAUAGACUUUUCUCUGAAAGACAGGGAAGAAGAGAGAAAUGCUUAUAUGCACCUUUUCAAUGACUAUCUCCUGGUUUCUUUGCGGAAAGAAGGGGGUAGGUUUACAGUUAUCGAUCAUGCACCGGUGUCGGAGCUGCGGGUUGAGAACUGCAGGUUCAAACUGCAUUCCUUACAAAAGAACCUGUUCCGUCUGCACAUGCCACAGAAAGCCCUGCUCUUGCGGACAGAUACCCAAGCCAAUAAAUUGCGCUGGAUAUCAGCACUUUCACGUCCUUAUCCUGAGAUUGACUUCAGUGCCGUUCAGGACAUUCCACAAAUGCAGUGCAUCAAAGCAUUUGUCGCUCAGCAACCCGAUGAGCUAAGUUUAGAGAAAGCUGAAGUUCUGUUAGUGCACCAGCAGAGUAGUGAUGGCUGGGUUGAAGGAACUCGUCUGUCAGACAGACAACGUGGUUGGGCCCCCGAAUCUCAUCUGGAGACAAUAGUCAGCGACAAAGCAAGAAAGCGCAACCUUCUGGACACCGUGAAAAUUGCUACAGCUGCAAUGUGAAGCAAUAUGCAUAGCCUUCAAUGUUCUCAGGUGGACUUUUUCUAAUUACAAUUUUUUUGUAUUACUUUUGUAAGACUUCUAGAAUUACGUCUCAACUUCAUGGGAAGUUUCUAUUUAUUUUGUGAAUACAAUCAAGAGUAAUGUGGGUGUGAUGGUCUCACCCAUGUCAGGGUUCUACUCCACAUCCUGCAGAAAGGAAUGGCAUGAUGCUGAAUUGCAGCAGUUUAACUUUUACGAUAUCUUAUGGACACUGACAGAGAUUGCAAUUGGAACAAAUGUAUUCAUAUGCAGUACGUGUUCCUCCGAAUGAGUAUCUGUGCUGCUUCCAUAGUUUUUAUAUAAGACAUUCAUGGGCAGAGAUUUGGACUACAGUCUGUUGUCCACAAUAUGAGCGAGCCAUUUCACUGCGUGUAAUACUGAAUACUGCACCAAAACUACUUGUUCUCUGUUAUUUAUAAACAUCAGAUCCCCUUCAGCAUGGAAUAUUAAUGCUGUCGGACCGCAGCCUGAUGGGAAUACAGUUUGAAGAGUUGUUGGUGUGCUCUAGGACACAAGAUGCAAAAGGACAAAUUAUUAAUAGCUGUGAAAAACAGUGGACUUUAGCAAAGUGCAAAUUUUAUUUGGGAGCAAGAAUUAUGGUGUACAGUACCCAAGGCUGUCUACAAUGUACAUAAUAAAGGUUUUAUGUUGUGUUCA